CACAGCUGCUCGGUAUUUUGAGAGCGAAUUCCACUAUCGACACUGCCACACGCAUCAAAGUCUUCGCCAUGGACUAUUUCAACCAGCAACAGAAGAUUGAUGACGCGCAACUCAUAGCGACGAUGCUAGUGUACAUGACCAUCGGUCGUGACAUUAUCACCGCCCUCAUCGUGGUCUUGGCUCUCCGCUCCGCCAUCGUGGGAGGCACAACGACCUUGACGCUUCGCUACUUCAUGAUACUCUUUGUCCGCCACAUUAUCAUCUAUGCGACCGAGGUUCCCUACAUCAUCCACAAGAAGAGACGGACCAGCUUCUGCCGCCGGUAUCAACUACCACGCAACGUCGCAAGAUUCGGCUCCUUCUCCUACCUCUGUAUGCAGUUCAGCCUACUUGCCGUCGAGGCACGCCUAUUUCGACUUUGGCGCCAGCAUCGGCUCAAUGGGGGCGCCAAUGUACUGGGUACCAGUGUGGCGUUGGCGGCUAUCAUCACUUCUAUCACCGUUUAUAUGGUGCGCCAGGCGUACAUCAAAGUGCGCUUCCACUGGGAGCUCAUGCGUAGCAGCCGUCGGGCCGUCGAACGAGGUCCCAGCGAUGUGGAAAUCAUUGUCUAUGCUACAGAGCACUGAUGAGUCCUUUGCACUCAGUUAUGAAUGGGCUUUCGCAUGCUUGUACGAAGCUCGGACUGUGAUGGAGAUGCCUGGCUUUGGGUAAAGGUACAUGGGAAGACUGGGAAACGGGACGAAAGAGGACUUGAUUGAAUUGAAUGUGACUCCCUGAAUCGCGGACAUGGUCGCACUUGGCUUGUAGAUUAGUAGCAAAACACCUUAUCCUUAAUCAAAACUGUGAGACAUUCUCUUUAUAAGAACAUCGUGCUCAGGGAUGGU